UCGUUGCCUCCAAUCACCAAUCAAGCAAAACACACACACACAUCUGUUGCAUAUAAGAGGCUGUUUCAAACAGAGGCUUCGAGGGGGAGAGAGAGAUGGUGAAGAAGACAGACUUCCCAGUGAUAGACCUGUCGAAGAUCAAUGGUGAAGACAGAGCCCUAACCAUGGCAAUGAUCCAUGAUGCUUGUCAGAAUUGGGGCUUCUUCGAGUUGGUGAACCAUGGGGUACCACUAGAACUACUGGACAAGAUCGAGGAGAUGACAAAGGGACACUACAAGAAGAGUUUGGAGGAAAGGUUCCAAGAAAUGGUCAAAAGCAGAGGUCUGGAUGCCCUUCACACAGAAGUCAACGACGUUGACUGGGAAAGCACCUUCUUCCUCCGUCACCUUCCUGACUCCAAUCUCUACGACAUCCCUAAUCUCUCCGACGAUUACAGGGUGGCGAUGAAGGAGUUUGCGAAACGGCUGGAGAAUCUGGCGGAGGAAUUGAUGGAUCUGCUGUGUGAGAAUUUAGGGUUAGAGAAAGGAUACAUGAAGAAGUUGUUCCAUGGGACAAAAGGACCAACGUUCGGGACAAAGGUGAGCAGCUAUUAUCCACCAUGUCCUAAACCGGACUUGGUUAAGGGACUUAGGGCCCACACCGAUGCCGGUGGAAUCAUAUUGCUGUUCCAAGACGACAAAGUCAGUGGACUCCAGCUCCUUAAAGAUGGCAACUGGGUUGAUGUUCCUCCCCUCAAACACUCCAUUGUUAUCAAUCUCGGCGAUCAACUUGAGGUGAUAACCAAUGGAAAGUACAAGAGUGUGAUGCAUCGAGUGUUGACGCAAACCGAAGGAAACAGGAUGUCAAUUGCUUCCUUCUACAAUCCCGGAAACGAAGCAGUGAUUUUUCCGGCACCGGAUCUUGUCGAGAAAGAAUCCGAUUACCCGAAAUUCGUAUUCGAUGACUACAUGAAACUCUACUCGGGGCUCAAGUUCCAGCCUAAGGAACCUCGGUUCGAAGCCAUGAAGAACGUCGCGGCUUCACAUAACUUGAAACCUGAGGUCGCGGUCGAAACCUUCUGAUGAACUUUUGUGUUUAUAUGAAGCAAAAAAAAAAAAAAAGAUUAAAAUAAAAUAACUACAAAUAAGAAGAAGAAGAAGAAAUAGGUUUGCUAUCGGUGUUCGUGGUAAUAAGUUAAACGUGGUUUAUUGGGUCGAAGAUUAAGGGUUUUGGAAGUGUUUGAUCCACAAGUGUUCUAAGUGUGGGGUUUGGUCGUGUUUGGUGGUGUGUGAGAAAAUUAAUAAUCUCAAUGAAGGUUUUUUUUUUUGGUUCAUUU